AUGGACUUGAACGUAACUUAUUUGAGAUCCUGUGACUUGCCCAAACAAUACAAGUCGAAAUCUUUGAUUCCUCAUAUUAUAAUUAAAUCACUUUCUGGAUUCAAGGCAGAUACCUUCAAGAAAAUAAAAGGUCGCUAUGAUUCUCUGGCUUGUUAUGGAGAAUUGCGAUUGGCCUACUGUAUAACAAGAAUUCUGCCAAUGUUCAGAACUCGGCGAGUUGGUGCUUGGACAUAUACAAAUUUCACCAAAAGCAAUGGAUCUAACAUAAUAACUUUUGAAGAUGGAAUUGAUUUACCUUUUCCAUAUUCUUGGCUCUAUCACUACUCUGGAAUUUGUUUAAUUCUUCUGUCCUCCUACACCGAUAGUAAAGGGGUACAUGAUCAAUAUAUCGCUGGAUGCCAUAUUUUCUUUUACAACUCUAAAAGAACUUUCCGAAAUUGUAAUUACGACUUUGUUAUGCAUCCUCUUGAUGACUAUGAUAUUCAAGAUCUCGAUUCAGCAUUAGAUUGUGUCAUAGACAAAAAUUUAAUUGCUAAGCCAAAGAACAUUCCCGAGUUAAAUAACCUCCUCAAAAUGAAUAGAAAACUUUUGCGGGGCGAAUUUUUAGAGACCCCCUUGGAUCAACAAUCCUUUGCAGUUGCUUUGCACCGAAUUGAUGAGUUGAAACUAGCGAGCAACCAAAUGUUUCUUUCUGUUAAGUUCAUAUUCUCGACAUCCUAUCCUUACCUUCGAGUUCCAGUUGUUUUCGAGCGUUCGGAAGCUGGCGAUCUUACAUACGUGGAAAUGAGUAAGAAGUGGAACCCUUACGAUGAGAUGUACUUCAAAAUGACGCGAACAGUCAGCUCAGCCUAUGAAGAUAGGAAGAAGAUUCCUAAUCAAGAGAUUAAGGAUCGUCUCAAGGCUAUUUUGGACCUCAGCUUUACCGACAGACUCACGCCAGCUGAUAGUGAUCUAAUUUGGAAGUAUCGUUUCUACCUUUCAAAUAAGCAUCCUGAGGAGGCUUUGUCAAAAUUCAUGGUUGCCGUGCAAUGGGACUUUGGAGAACAGAGAAAACAGGCGAUUGAAUUACUCAAAGUCUGGCCACGUUCGUCAUCUGCUGAGAGGGUUUUGGAAUUACUCACACAACCAUUUGCUGAUUUUCCUGUUUGUCGACUCUAUGCUGUAUCACGUCUACAAGAUGCUAGUGAUGAGGACAUUGAACUUUACCUCUAUCAACUGGUUCAAGCUCUUCGCUAUGAAAACACCGAGACUAUUCUAGAAUCCGACCUCACUACAGUAAACAAGCAGGAAGCAGAAACAUCUGACACGGAGAACGCAGUAGGCAAUUUCUCUCGAUCGGUUCAGUUAGAUCUCAAUCCUGAUAUUACUGAUUGCCCUUGGAAGAUGAAUUUGGCGGAGUUCUUAAUCCAUAGGGGCAAGUCAAACUUCCGUCUGGCAAAUUACCUCUAUUGGUUCCUGAAACUGGAAGUUCAUGAAGAUACGCCAAACACGCCGACAAUGAAGAAGGUGUUCGAUCGUGUGCUCACUCGGUUUAUGACUACACUUACUGGUUCGGAAACACUCUUGGGUUGGCACACGGAUCUGCUAAAUCAGACAACUUUUGUUGAUGGCCUAUAUGAUUUGAUAAAGCAAGUACUCGAAACUAACGCUAAACGAACUGUGAAGAUAGAGAUCUUGCAGCGGAAACUGGCCGAACAAGGACCUGCGUUGUCUAAAUUCGAUCGCCCUCUACCUUUUCCACUGGAUCCAAGCUUCUUGAUUGGUGAAAUUGAUGCGAAAUCUGCCUCUUUAUUCAAGAGUACUACUCAACCUGCACUGCUCAAAUUGAUAUCCACUUCCGGAGAAGUAUAUCUGGUUAUCUUCAAGACUGGUGAUGAUUUGCGCCAAGAUCAACUGGUGCUUCAAAUGUUACGCCUAAUGGAUGUAGUACUGAAGAAGGAAUCCUUUGAUCUACACCUAACGCCCUAUAGAGUUCUUCCCGCGAGCUGUCGUCAUGGUUUCAUUGAAUUCGUCAGAGGUGUACCGAUUGCCGAAGUGUCUCGACAAGAAGGAUCAAUCGCGAAGUACCUCCAAAACUGCAAUCGUAGUCCUACCAUUCCAAAGCACGUUCUUGAAACUUACAUGCGUUCUUGCGCUGGUUACUGCGUGAUCACCUACCUACUGGGCGUUGGCGAUCGACACUUGGAGAACAUUUUGCUGACUGAGGAGGGUAAACUAUUUCACAUUGACUUCAGUUUUAUCUUUGGAAAUGACCCAAAAAUGAUGGCACCGAAUGUGAGGCUGACAAAAGAUAUGAUUGAGACUAUGGGAGGUACUAAGACUGAACUCUUUAAAAGCUUCCUCAAUUCCGGCUACACAGCCUUCCUAAAUCUUCGAGGACACGCGAACGUUUUCAUGGCCAUCUUGUCCCUAGUACAGGAUGCGGGCAUCGGAGAUAUCGCUCGAGAUCCUCAGAAGUCCUUCGAUUUCAUCAAGGAGCGUUUCCUUCUUGAUAAACCCGGUGAAGAAGCUUCACAACGCUUCUGCAAACGUGUCUUAGAUGGUAUUGGCUCCGUCAUGCCUGAAGUUAUUGAGAAAAUCCAUCUCCUUAUGCAGUAUAUGCGCAACUAA